UACCGUUGGGACUGCAAAAGCUCCCACACUUGCGCAUGGUUCUAUUUCUAUAUAUGGACCGAUGUAAUUAAGAUUUGGAGCCAAACAAGAGGACCAUGGUAGGGACCAUGGAACUCCAUUAAGCGCUGCUACGAUACCGCCGUGUCUCCUGACAAAUUUAACUCACCGUCCGAUCUCGGCGUUUAACACUUUUCGUACAAUGAUAAAGAAAUUUGGGAAGCUCAAUUUUUUUUAUUUCACUCCUGAUAGCCGAAAUUAUCGCGUGUACUCAAGUCUCGAAGACUAAAUCGAUUUUCCUAUUCCUUUUACUCGUUAUACUUGCCGUGCGUAUCAUUCCGCAAUUCGUUUGUCGAACAAUCAAAUCAAUAAUCAUUUCGUUAUCUUUAUGGAAAACUAGCAAAAUACUGGAAUCAUAGACGAGUGAAUGUAAUUGGUAGGGUGUUUUCUCAAGAUGAUGUCCGCUGAUUGAAUUGAUUAUCCGUGACUGGUGAAACUGUAUAAGUUAUUCUGUCGAUUGGCUUGGAAUUGGAGAUUGGAUUGAUAUUUCAGGGUAAACCGGGAAAACCGGGAAUAGUCAGGGAAUGGACCGUAGGGAAAAAUGUAAUUUAAAAGAAAAAAAAAUCGUUUUCAAACUUUAGCUAUGCUUUGUAACUUCAGUUGAGCCAAAUUUUGGAAAUGGUAUUGUUUAAUUUCUAAUUAUUUGUGUGAAACGAAGCAUUGCUACGUGUUUUUUAAAUCCAAGUUUAUACAUUCAAGGUGCACAACUUCUGGAGCUUUUGGUCAUAAAACCUGUCCAAUAUUACUCAAGUUUUGUGGAAAAACGUCAGGGAAUUCUGAAUAUUUUUACGGGAAAAAUCAGGGAAUUUUAUUUAAUUUAGCAAAAUUGUCGCCACCCUGUAUCCGUUAUUCUUGAGGUAUUUGCGAUGCAUAACUGAUCCGAACAUUGUUAAUUCUGUUUCAGAGUAAAAUGUAACGUGUAAAAAUGUGACCAACAUAUACAGAUUAUCAUGAACUUUACAAGGCAUUCCAAUAAUGCUGCAGUAGGAUAUCGCUUUACAUAUCAUGGAAGCCGUAGGUAUAUUCAUAAAAGUACUCAUUGUCGUGGCUUGUUACACGGAUGAGCCAAUUAAAUAUGUUUUUGCGCAAUGUAUCAUUCCACUCGGCAUGGAAGAGGGAAAGAUUCCAGACAACGCGAUUACCGCCUCCUCCAGUUACGAAAUGAAAUCCGUUGGCCCCCAAAAUGCUAGAAUACGCCAGGAGAAAAAUGGUGGAGCUUGGUGUCCGAAAGCCCAAAUUAGCAGUGACAUUAGAGAAUACUUGGAGGUGGAUCUUACGAAUAAUCACCUUAUCACAUGGACUGAAACCCAGGGUAGAUUUGGUAAUGGUCAAGGGCAAGAAUACGCGGAAACGUUUUUUCUGGAAUAUUGGCGUGACCUGAAAUGGUACCAAUACAAAACCAUGAAAGGGGACAAGGUACUCCGUGGAAACAGCAACACGUAUCUGGUAGAGAAGCAAAAAUUGGAUUUGCCGUUCGUUGCCAGCAGAGUUCGAUUCGUUCCGUACAGUCAACAUCCGCGAACGGUUUGCAUGCGAGUUGAAAUUUACGGAUGUGUUUGGGAACAACAAAUCACUAAAUAUUCGGCCCCGAUAGGGGAGACUUUUGGACCCAAUGGCUGCAAUGUCGAAGACUCAUCUUACGACGGUAUUAAAAAUGGUGAUCGUAUGGUCGAUGGACUCGGACAACUGACCGAUGGUGUAUACGGAGAAGAGCCGAGCACCAUAGCCAGCAGUUUCACAAAUUGGGUUGGCUGGAGCAAUUUGAACCCAGUGGAGCUGACCUUCGAGUUUUACGAAGUACGAGGAUUUGAAAACUGUACCAUCCACGCGGCGCAUAUACCGUCCCGAAAUAUCGAGGUCUUCUCCACUGCGUACGUUUGGUUUUCAUUCGAUGGCAAGCAAUAUCAUCAAAGUUCGGAAAAGCUUGAGGUCAACGAAGAUGUAAAAUCGACUACCAGGAGCGUAUCGAUAUCAUUACAAUCCAGGAUAGGACGUUUCGUUAAAAUUGAACUUGUUCCAAAAGCUAAAUGGCUCCUCGUGAGCGAAGUCACGUUCGAUUCUGUACCGGCAUCGCGGAAUCUAUCGGACGAAUCGUUGGAACAAUUUUAUCGGGCGUGUCACAAGGAUAAUGAAACCGAACUGAGCGAUACCCAAGACUCGCAUUCGAGCUACAACAAGACAAUUUUUGAAUUGAACACCAAUUUGACACCCGACGCGUUUCCGGUCAGCAAUUCUCAGACCUACAUAGGACUUGUCAGCGGUGUUCUGACGGUAACUGCGCUUCUGCUGACUUGCACGAUUUUUUUGAUGAAGCAAAGGGGACGCAACAAAGUCGCACUGCUGCAGAAGCACACGGCCUUGUUGUGCAGAUCACCGACACACGGAAUAACGAUCAAUAUGAAAGACAUUAAAAUGCCCCCACCUGUCAUCAUCAACGGCUUAUCCCAGUCGAAAUUGUCUCUGAAAAGUAAAAUACUAUCGGUUGACAGUCACAGUCUUCGAAACGACGAUACUCUUGGUAGCGAAUACGAGAAAUGUAGCGUCUACGAAAGGACUUACAAACUUUAUUCGAAGGAGAACCUCGGCUACGAACCUCACACUCACAAAAGCGAUCGAGUGUCCAGUUGUAAGAGUGAAUAUUCGGAUUUUACAAGCGACAGUUGCUGUGACGAUAAAAUUGUCGAUCGUUUGGUCCUUACCCCGUUUCCAAUAAAAAGACUUUGCCAUACUUCGUCUAGAACUAAUCACCAAAUUUACGAAGGUUACUACGCGGCAACGGAUAUUUUGACGAUCAAUAAUAGAGAACGACAAAGUUGUUCGAAUUUGUUCACAUCCCUACAAAUUGAGGAUGCCAUACAUCCGUCGCACGUUUCUGACUCUUGUAACCUCCACCAUGUUUCAAGACAUAGACUAAAAAUCCUGGACAAACUGGGGGAGGGGAAUUUUGGACUGGUUCAUUUGUGCGAAGCUAAAGGUAUUCAUAGUCCAGAUUCAAAUACGAUACGCAAUAAACAGGUUGUGAUAGUGCGAUCCCUUUGGCGCGGAGUUACAGAUUCAUUGAGAAAACACUUUAUGAACGACAUGUACUCACUGGCAAAAAUUCGAGAUGUAAAUAUAGCUCGAGUAAUAGCUCUUGUCGAGGAAGAACCAUUCGGAGCAGUUUUUGAGUACGGCGAGCUCGGGGAUAUUCCUAGUUUUAUCAGAACUCAUGAAAAGUCGAGUGACGACAUGCCGUUAAGUUACGGAUGUUUACUGAAUUUCGUAACUCAGAUUGCCUCAGGAAUGAAAUACUUGGAAAGCUUGAACAUUCCGCACCGUGAUUUGGCUGCAAGGAAUUGUGUCGUAAGCAAGAAUAUGACCAUAAAAGUAUCAGAUCAUGCAAUGUAUUGUAGCAAGUAUGAUCAGGAGUAUUACAUAGACGACUGUUACGCGAGAGUUCCACUUCGUUGGAUGGCGUGGGAGGCAAUUUUACUGAGAAAGCAAACUUGCAGAUCCGAUGUUUGGUCCUAUGCAAUUACGGUUUGGGAAAUUCUGAUGAACUGUGCGGAAGUACCUUAUGCUGAUUUAACGUCUGAGCAAGUGUUGGAAAACUUUAGCAGAUGGUACCAUUGUGGACCAACGGAUAAGAAUCAGCCUCGUAUUCUUCCACAACCAGUUCCAUGCUCAAGAGAUUUGUAUCACAUGAUGACUAAGUGUUGGAGUAAACGUGCAGAUGACAGGCCAACCUUUGAAGAAAUCUACCUAUUUCUGAAGCGAUUGAGCUUCGAUUGAAAUGUUGUUUACACUGCAGCGUGGACCAAAUCAAUUACAAUCAGCUUAAGCAUCCGCCACUAUCACGUCUUGGAUGCUUUAGCCACUAACUCAUGCUCAACUAGAUUAUAUAUCUUGACCUUCUAAAUAUAUCAUUACUAUUAAGAUAUCCGUAUAUUGUGUGAGGAUUUUUAUAUUAAAUGUCGAAAUUACUCGGUCGACUUGGUCAAAAUUGAAAACAUUUUACUAUAUAACAUAAUCAAGAUUCAAGCUGAUUAUAAGUGUAAGUUUGGUAUAGAGGAAUAAGAUCACUUGGAGCAAUUGAUCACUAUUGGUCAAUUACGAUUGUUAUAAUUAACGUAGUUAUAGGGAUGUUUCAGGGGGAAAUAUUUCGCCGGUUAUUUUUUCCUUUCCGUUUUGAAAGUCUGUUGUCUAGUCAAAACUUCAACUUUUAACAUUCUGGGUUUCAGUUAAAAUAUCUAAUUGUCAGAGAUAAGAUGAAUCACCCUUCUUUCCUCCAUCUUAUACGUACAACUUUGUUACUGCUGUAAAGCGUUAGAACAUUCAAGAUCUCAUUGAACAAACAUUUUUUUUUCCGUAUAAUUUAAAAAUGAAUCGUAUUUGGAAAUUUACACGCAAUCAAAAUUAAAUCACUUGAUUUUUAUAAGGUUUUCUAAGCAAUAGUUAUUUGAAUGCAAAAUUUCUUUUUUGCUCUUGCUUUACAGUCAACGUUAAUUCAACAGAUUCUUCAAAAAUACCUUGGUAACGAUCCAAACAGAAGGCGAGAUAUUUAGCCUGUAUGAAAUCGUCAUUUUUGUAAUGCUAUGUUUUGAAUGUUCUUUGUUAAGUUUUCCUUACAAAGUCACGUAUGAUAAAAAAAAAACUGUAUCUUCACUGAACAAAUCGGCAUUUAUUUGAAAAUAAACGGCUCGAUUUUCCCGUAGCUUGCGUCAUUUUCGAUCAGGAUGCAUCGUGUUGUAAAAAUGACGAGUUUAAGCAAUGGAAGAUAAGUACCUAGAGUAAGAUUUUUUUUAAUUCUCUAAUUGUCACGUGAACUCAAUCACUCAAGAAAGUAGUAAAACUCGUUUUUCGUCCCGGGAAUUCGUGAUUGUAUCUGUUUUAUUAUACAAUACCCAGGCAACACGCUUGUCGAGAUCUGAGAAGUAGAAAGUUAAGGAUGUGUUGACCGAAGAAUCAGUAAAAUAAUGUUUUCGCAGCUCAAUCCUCGGACAUCCUAGUUUUUUAUGAAAGGAAAAAGUUGAACAUUAUUCACUAGUUAUAGAAAUUAUCACUAGUUUUAAUUUAGUUUAUAUGUUUUCGGUACCAGCUGUGAAGGGCACUACAUGUAUACAUAUAUUGGCGAAACCUAAAAUAUAGAUGUAAAUUCCAUGUACAGGAUUCUUUGUAAAACAUCAACAGAAUCUGACAGAAUUGCUUACAUAAGUGUCCAUAUGACUAUUCAAAACUCGAGGGAUGUCUGAAUACGAAACACUAAAACUGGUAAACAACUAAAUAUUUUCUGUGACAUUAAUUAAUAGUCGCAAUCAUACAGGCGAUUCCUUUAUUUGCCCGCCACUAAUUUCACGGACACAAUAUUCGGUUUCUAGGAUUCAGUUUUAUUGAUGGUCAAAUUAUAUUUCAGUUAAUUACUCUUGACAUCAAUUUUCUUAGAAUUAUUGUGCAAUACUUUCAUUUAAGAAAUAAUUUAUGUAGUAACAAAUUGCAAAAAUGUAUCAUCUUUUCUAAAGAUUUAGGACGCAAAAUUUUACCCUCGAGAAAAGAAAAAAAAAACACCAUAUAUGGUUCAUUCUGUCUCUAACAUUUCUCCUGACAUUAUGAGAUAUGUACAUAAUAAUAUAAUCAACAAAAAUCAUAAUACUAAACUCUUUAAAAAUGCUGCUCUUGUAGAUUCACUGCGCAAAAUAGGUUUCGUCACAAGGCAAAAAAUCAUCGAUUUCACUAACAACACGUGUCAUUGAAAUAACCACAGCCGGAAAGUAUUAUAGUUAUGAUAACCAUAUUUUUAUACUCUAGUAUCAUAAAUAUGGUCAAGUUAAUCAUAUAUAUGCUAAAGUUAACCAUAUUUCUUCUCAGUAGCUAUAUUGGCCAUACGUAUAGCCAAACCAAUGAUUUUUUGUCCGUGCAACAAUGUAGUACUAUUUGGAAAAUCAAACACAUGUACAUACAUACUCAAGCAGACAGAAUUUAUGAUGCAAAAAUUGCUAUUAUUUGUCAAAUUUUCGUCAAGUUGUUUCAAUCAUGUUCGACUGAAUCCUAAAGAAGAUUUAAAAAAAAAAGACAAGAUCUUACGAUGAGAUCUCGCAUAUAAGGUCUUAAACGAAACUUAUAUACAUACAUAUAUGUAAUGCGAGGUCUUAUAUCAGAACUCAAUUACACAUUUCAACAUUCUAUUGAGAUGACGUCUGAUAUGUAUUUAGAUACGACUAGAUAUGAGAAUUCGGGUGUGCGAAUCAUGUGAAAAUUUCAUAUUAAAUUUCAUGUACCUCAAAUUUACAGUAGGAUAAUGCCUCUUCUAUGUGUAUCAAGUGAAGUGUUCGCUGUCACAAUGACCGUUAUGUAUAAUAUUUUCUAUGAAACUCGUGAAAUUUAUAGAUCUCAUAUGGCUGUGCACUUUAUAGUGAAAUUGCAUAUGAAUUCUUGUGAAAGAUCUCACGUAAGAUCGUAUACGUCAGAUAUCACGUGAAAAUUUUCAAUAGGGUAGGUUGAUUCCCUCCCUUUUAUCCCGAAAAGUUAUCAUUAACAUCGCGCUUGUAUUUAUUAAUCGUUAUUCACCAUUUGUUCUUUCCUGUAUCCAUGUUCAAAAUCAAUCCAAGGGUGUGUACCUGGGGGUAAUUUAAUAACUUCAUCCUCCGUGGUUCGUGACAAAUGUGAUGAAUCUCGUAUUCAUUCAUCGGCAAUUAGUUGUGAAUGUUUAUCAGUUUUGUCACGGAAAAUCAGUAUUACAUAUCAGAGAUGGAACACUUAAUGCAUUUUUUUCCAGACAAAAACUUUGCCUACUUGCUUAAUUGGAAAUAAUUCGAUAAAUUUCCCAUUAUUCGAAUAAUCUUUUAGCAAAAGUUUAACAAAAAUGCAAUUUCUGAGGGACUAUCGACGUGCAGACUUGAAAAAGAACCGUGAGGUAUGACCGAUCUGCCUCGUGUAGAGUUGUUCAGUUUUGCCCUGCAAAGUGGUCUGGAAGACGGUGUUGAAGUUACUUGCAUGAAUUCCUAUUGAAACUUCAUAAUAAAAUAUAGCUACAAUUGUAAUCCAACUUUGUAAUAUGAAUGAUAUUCAAUUAAAAAUUAUAUUCUUCAUAUUUCCAGUGUUAUAAUCAAUAAAAACUGUUAUACUGUGCAAUCGGACCA